AUGACGUCAUCUCAAGGACCAACGCCGUACGUGCCCGGAAACAUCCUUAUCACCGGGGCGGCGGGUUUCAUCGCCUCCCAUGUAACCAACCGCCUCGUCACGCGCUAUCCAAACUACAGAAUCGUAGGGCUGGACAAGCUGGAUUAUUGUUCUAACCUAGCUAAUCUGAAUCCCAGUUUAUCCUCCCCGAAUUUCAAGUUCGUAAAAGCUGACGUCACCAGCGCUGAUCUCAUCAACUACGUAUUGUCGGAGGAGAGAUUCGACACGGUAAUGCACUUCGCGGCGCAGACUCACGUGGAUAACUCGUUCGGGAACUCGUUCGAGUUCACUAACAACAAUAUAUACGGGACCCACGUGCUGCUGGAGGCGUGCAAGGUGACCGGCGGAGUGCGGCGGUUCAUCCACGUCAGCACUGACGAGGUGUACGGCGAGACGGAUCUGUUGACGGACGUGGGGAACCCGGAGGCGUCCCGGCUGCUCCCGACGAACCCGUACUCGGCGACGAAAGCCGGGGCAGAGAUGCUGGUGAUGGCGUACCACAGAUCCUACGGCCUGCCCACGAUCACCACGCGGGGGAACAACGUGUACGGCCCGAACCAGUUCCCAGAGAAGCUCAUCCCCAAGUUCAUCCUCUUGGCCAUGAAGGGGGAGCGGCUCCCGGUCCACGGCGACGGCACCAACGUGAGGAGCUACCUCUACUCCGACGACGUGGCCGAGGCGUUCGACGUUAUCCUCCACAAGGGCGUGAUCGGGCACGUGUACAACAUCGGGACGAGGAAGGAGAGGCGCGUGCUGGACGUGGCGGAGGACGUGUGCAAGCUAUUCGGCCGGAGCUCAAAGGAGGCGAUAGAGACGGUUCACGACCGGCCGUUCAAUGACAAGAGGUAUUUCUUGGAUGAUCAGAAGCUAAAGCAGCUGGGAUGGGAGGAGACCACUCCAUGGGAAGAAGGGCUGAAAAAGACGCUAGAAUGGUACACAAAUCACUCAGACUGGUGGGGGGGUGUGACCCCAGCGCUUCAUCCCCAUCCCAAAGUCUCCAUAGCAAUGCCCUCCCACGAUUAUGACGGGGCAUUGCAGCUGCUCGCGAGAGGCAGAAACAUGGGCACGGGGUUGAAAUUCCUGAUUUAUGGGAGGACAGGGUGGAUUGGGGGAUUGCUGGGGAACCUGUGUCAACAAGGGGGGAUAAUGUACGAGUAUGGAACGGGAAGGUUACAGGACAGGGGAGCGUUGGUCCGAGACAUAGCGAGGGCAAGGCCUACGCAUGUGUUCAACGCGGCUGGAAUCACAGGCAGGCCGAAUGUGGACUGGUGCGAGUCGCAUAAAACUGAAACCAUAAGGACAAAUGUGGUCGGAACUCUAACCUUGGCAGAUGUUUGCAGAGAAAAUGGGCUGUUGGUGAUGAACUUUGCGACUGGGUGCAUAUUUGAGUAUGAUGAGAAGCACCCACAGGGUUCUGGGAUUGGAUUCAAGGAGGAAGAUAAGCCUAAUUUUACUGGCUCAUUUUACUCCAACACCAAAGCCAUGGUGGAGGAAUUACUGAGAGAAUAUGACAAUGUGUGCACUCUCAGAGUACGUAUGCCCAUCUCAUCCGAUCUUACCAAUCCCAGAAACUUUAUAACAAAGAUCUCGAGAUACAACAAGGUGGUCAACAUCCCCAACAGCAUGACUGUGUUGGACGAGCUACUGCCAAUCUCCAUUGAGAUGGCAAAACGCAACUGCAGAGGUAUAUGGAACUUCACCAACCCAGGAGUCAUAAGCCACAAUGAGAUUCUCGAGUUGUACCGGGAGUAUAUAGACCCCGGGUUCAAGUGGCAGAAUUUCAGUUUAGAAGAGCAAGCUAAGGUGAUCGUUGCUCCCAGAAGUAACAACGAGCUGGACAUGACAAAGCUCAAGAAAGAGUUCCCACAAUUGUUAUCAAUUAAGGAUUCCGUCAUCAAGUAUGUCUUCCAACCCAACAGGAAAACAUGAAUACUGCUUUUAACAUAUUUUGCAGGUAGAAGCAAUACAUCAGUACAAUCCAUAUGUAUAACUCAGACAGAAGUGUUCUUGUACUUUUACUCAUUUCCUUUUUUUUUUUUUUUUCUUUUUAGAAUACAAAUAUGUAGAUUGGCUUCUUACCAUGGUUUCUUGUAUAUGUAAUUCUCAUGUACUUGAACUCUAUAAAACAUAGAAAAAGUUAUUCUCAAA